AUGGAGCUGUCCGACAGCGUCUCGUCACAGUGGGAGCUCCCAUCGAUUCCGAGCUCUUCGCUCGAGUUUGGUUCCGGUGGAACCAUGUCAGUGUCAUGGACCGAUAAUGUAACAGAGACCACAACAGCUGUCCCUGCUCCUGCUCCUGCUCCUCCUGAGAUCAUUAAGCCCACAAAGAGCCAAGAGGAUGCAGUUCUGACCUCAGAGGAGUUGAUGGCUAUCUGGGGUCGUAUUGGCGUCCAAGUGUGUGAAGUGGCCACGUCGUUACAUGAUAAAUCGAAGAGGGCGUUGAUUGGCGAUGGGACAUAUCAUGGAUUCAUCGAAGCCGUUCUGCACGAGGUACCAGGUGCAGCACCGCCCGCCCCUCCAUCGUAUGGAUAUAUCAUAUAUAUGCAAUCGGGUUCUUCGGUGCAAAAGAGGGCAGGAGAGAUCAUGCCUGGGGAUGUUGUGUGGCUUUCUGACGCCAAGUUGAAAGGACAUAAAGGUAUUCAGACAUACAGCCAGCAUGUGGGUGUGAAGGAGCCGCUUGUUGGUAUCAUCAGCGAGUUCGAAGCGAAGAAGUUCAAGCUCAGAGUGUUCCAGGCAAACCAGCAUGUCGGGCAACAGACAGUGGAGUCAGUAAGCUACCGCUUGGAAGACUUGAAGAGCGGUGUUGUGAAGGUAUUCCGGAUUUUGGAGGCAUAA